UCUCCUGCCUCUCUGCCUCAGCCAACCCGGGCCGUGCCGAGCUGCUCCCUGCGGGAUCAGAGCGCUCCCCCGCCGGGACCCUUCUCUCACAUCCCCCUGCUGGGACGCGGCUACAUUUCCAGCCAAGCUCUGCCUGCCUUGGCUUUAUUAUGUGUGUGCGCGCCGCAGCCCCGCCAGCAGAGGCAGGCAGAGGAGGAGGAGGAGGAGGGAGGCUGGUAGCCAGAGUCAGGACAAAGAAAAAGCAGGGAGACACAGGCUCGCGGAGGCUCAGACCGCUGCAGACAUUAGACCGCUCCAAACAGGACACACCGGGACAUAUUCACCUGAAGAAGCGCGGGAGUCAGAGCAGCAGUCCCCGCGGGGUGGAGAUGCCACCAGAGCCUCAGCACCAGCGUCCAGAGUAGGAGGAGGAGCAGGAGGCGGCUGGGCUCGGUUCGGCUGCCGGAGGGAGCACGAACACGAGCAGGCUGAAACAGUGUCACCAAACAGGAAGCCCCCGCCACACACGCACGCACACACGCUCGCACACCUCUCUGUAUUAGGCUACAGCUCAGGUGUUUGCCACGCGCGUGACCGGCAGCUCGCGCCCAGGUCCGUCCGCGAGCGCAGGAAAAGGUCGGAGCAGCACGAGCGCACGGAGAGAAGCGAAGCGAAACGCGUGCGGCGGCGGCGCGUGGAAGAGAGGAGACAACAAACAAGCCGCGGCUGUCGGAGGAAGUUGUUUCCUUUUGAUCUACAGGCAGAGCCGCCGCAGCUGAGCGGUGCUGGAGGAAGAGGAGGAGGAGGAAGAGGGCAGGUAUCCGGACUGUGCGUCCUGCAUGGGCAGCUGGACUCAGACACUCGAAGAAGGAACAGCGGGAGAGCGGAUCAGAGAUGUCCCGGAGAAAGCAGGCCAAGCCGCGCUCCGUUAAAGCGGUGGAGGAAGGGGAGUCCUCAGAGUGUGGCGGGACCUGGGAGGAGUCUGCUGUUCUGACAGAAGUCUCUGCACCUGAGAGAGAGGCGGAGCUGAAAGAUGGUCAGGUAGCUGGUGCUGAAGAUGGAGACGAGGACGAUGGAGAUGAACGUGACGACAGAGAUCAUGAUGAUGACCUGGAUGAUGAGUCCAUCUUCACCUGUGACAACUGUCAGCAGGACUUUGACUGUUUGGCUGAGCUCACUGAACACAGAACCAACCACUGCCCUGCUGAUGGUGAUGAUGACCCUGCGGGUCUGUCCUGGGUGCCUUCCUCACCCUCCAGUAAAGACGUGGCGUCGCCCUCUCGGAUGCCCGAUGGCUGCUGCGACCUCGGCAUGGCGACCGGAGGAGAGGAGGAAGGAGGUUCCGGGCUGCCGUACCCCUGCCAGUUCUGUGAUAAAUCCUUCAGUCGCCUGAGUUACCUGAAGAGACACGAGCAGAUCCAUAGCGACAAACUGCCCUUCAGGUGCACCUUCUGCAGCCGCCUGUUCAAACACAAGAGGAGCAGAGACCGCCACGUCAAACUGCACACAGGAGAUAAAAAGUACAGCUGUCAGGAAUGUGAAGCUGCGUUUUCUCGCUCUGAUCACCUGAAGAUUCACCUGAAGACUCACAGCUCCAGCAAACCCUUUAAAUGUUCUGUGUGUAAGCGUGGCUUCUCCUCCACCUCGUCCCUGCAGAGCCACAUGCAGGCUCAUCGUAAGAACCGGGAGCAUCUGGCUCUGAGGAGUGAAAAAGAUGGAGGGAAGAAGGGAGAGGACCUGGACCAGGAUCUGUACAUGUGUGACUACUGCGAGGAGACCUUCAGUCAGACAGACGAGUUGGAAAAACACGUUCUGACCCGACACCCCCAGCUGUCGGACCGAGCGGACCUGCAGUGCAUCCACUGUCCCGAGAUCUUCCUGGACGAGGCUUCGCUGCUGACGCACAUAGAGACGCAGCACGCCAACCGCAAACACAAAUGUCCCGUCUGCGCAGAGCACUUCACCUCCGUGGAAGACGUUUACUGCCACCUGGACAGCCAUCGCCAGCCCGACUCCUCGAACCACAGCGCCGCCAGUCCAGAUCCUGCACUGGGAAGUGUGGCCUCCAUGAGCUCAGCCACGCCGGACUCCAGCGCCAGUCUGGAGAGAGGCUCCACUCCGGACUCGACUCUGAAACCCAACCAGGCUGCUGAACGAGGCCGCAGGAGAGGAGCUGAUCCCGCAGACGACGUGGGGAUCGGCCUGGGCCAUCAGGCAGCAGGAGGGACCUGGACCAAAGUGACCUACUCUUGUCCUUACUGCUCCAAGAGAGACUUCCACAGUCUGGCUGUGUUGGAGAUCCAUUUGAAGACCAUCCAUGCUGAUAAGCCACAACAGAGCCACACCUGUCAGUUGUGCUUGGAAACCCUGCCGACGCUCUACAACCUCAAUGAGCAUGUGCGUAAAGCCCACCGCUCCAGUGGCGGGGGUGUAGGUGCAGCGGGGGCUUUCCCUCUGCUGCAGUUCACCAACGUCACAGCAUUUCAUUGCAACUACUGCCCGGACAUGUUUGGAGACAUCAACUCGCUGCAGGAGCACAUCAGAGUGUCCCACUGCCUGCCUGGGGGGCUCCUGGCUGGUUCCACCACAUUGGAGGGGAACCAUGCCUUCUUCUGCAACCAGUGUUCGAUGGGGUUCCUCACAGAGUCGUCUCUGACCGAGCACAUUCAGCAGACCCACUGCACCUCAGCUGCUGCACCUGGAGGGGGCGUGGCCAAACUGGAGUCCCCUGUCCUCCAGGCUGCGUCUCAGUCCUUCAUGGAGGUUUACUCCUGCCCUUAUUGCACCAACUCUCCUAUCUUCGGCUCACUCCUCAAGCUCACCAAACACAUAAAAGAGAACCACAAGAACAUCCCGCUGGCCAACAACAAACGGCAAGCGAAGGUGGCCGACCUCAGCCCCGCCUCCUCGGACGUAGAGAUCUCCUCUCCAAAACGCCACAGAGCAGGAGGGGACUCCACCCCGUCUGUGGGGAGCAACGGGGAUUAUCCGUGCAACCAGUGUGACCUACGGUUUGCCAGUUUUGAGGGUUUCCAGGUGCACCUGAAGACCCACCUGGAGAUGCUGCUGAGACGCCAGUCCUGUCCCCAGUGCAACAAAGAGGACUUUGAAUCGCAGGAGGCGUUGCUUCAACACCUGACGGUGCACUACACCACCACGUCCACGCAGUACAUGUGUGAGAGCUGUGAUAAGCAGUUCUCCUCUGUAGACGACCUGCAGAAACACCUGCUGGACAUGCACACCUUCGUCCUGUACCACUGCACGCUCUGUCAGGAGGUCUUUGACUCCAAAGUUUCUAUCCAGGUGCAUUUAGCAGUGAAGCACAGCAACGAGAAGAAGCUGUUUCGGUGCACGGCCUGCACCUGGGACUUCAGGAAGGAGGCGGACCUUCAGCUUCAUGUUAAACACAACCACCUGGGUCAGAGGUUGGGCCUUCCAGGAGGCCUUGCAGGUGAAUUUAUUUCAGGACUCAAACCCAGAAAGUGCAUUUUCUGUGGCGAGACGUUUGGAACAGAAGUGGAGCUCCAGUGUCACAUCACCACACACAGCAAGAAGUUCACGUGUCGCUUCUGUGGCAAAGCCUUCCACGCCAUCUCCCUGCUGGAGAGGCACCUGCGAGAGAAGCACUGCAUCUUCGAGGGAAACGGAGGCGGGACGGGGAGCAGCGGGAGUCAGAACGGGACACCCAACGGGCUCUCUCAGACCUCCAAGCGAGGAGCGGGAGGAAAUGGUGCAGGAGGAGCUGAAAGAGCAACGAUGGCUUCUGUGGAACCGACAGAUUUACAGAACCUUCUUCUGAAGAGCGGAGUCGUCGGAGGAGGAGCAGCCCAGGGGGGAGACGCAGCCAACAGCCACGAGGCGAGCGGCGGAGAGGAGGAGCUGGAUAACCCUGAGCCGAUGUAUGCCUGCGACAUCUGCGGAGCGGCCUACACCAUGGAGUCCCUCCUGCAGAACCACAGGCUGCGCGACCACAACAUCCGGCCCGGAGAAGACGACGCUGGUUCCAGAAAGAAGAAGGCAGAUUUCAUCAAAGGAAACCACAAGUGCAACGUGUGUUCCAGGACCUUCUUCUCUGAGAGCGGUCUCCGUGAGCACGCUCAGACGCACCGCGGCCCGGCCAAGCAUUACAUGUGUCCGAUCUGCGGCGAGCGCUUCCCGUCCCUGCUGACGCUCACAGAACACAAGGUGACCCACAGUAAAAGCCUGGACACAGGAACCUGUCGGAUCUGUAAGAUGCCCCUGCAGAGUGAGGAGGAGUUCAUCGAGCACUGUCAGAUGCACCCCGACCUUCGAAACUCUCUCACCGGCUUCCGCUGCGUCGUCUGCAUGCAGACGGUCACCUCCACCCUGGAACUGAAGAUCCACGGCACCUUCCACAUGCAAAAGCUUUCCAGCAGCUUGGUGCCGGGAGGAGCCACAGGCGGCAAUGGAGGAGUGGGUGGGGGGAGCGGCUCAGCCUCGUCCUCCCCCAACGGGCAGCUGCAGCAGCACAAGCUGUAUAAAUGUGCCUUCUGCUUGAAGGAGUUUAAGAACAAAGGAGAGCUGGUGAAGCUGGACGUGAACGGACUGCCGUACGGUCUCUGUGCUGCUUGUAUGAGCAGGGGAGCGAACGGUCAGAGUCCCAGUCAGGGGGGAGCGGUGACGCCCGGAGACACGCAGGCAGAGAAGGCCUUGCUCAGGUGUCCAGACUGCGGCGUGAAGUUUGAAAGCCUGGAGGACUUGGAGAGUCACGUGCAGUCGGACCACCCUGAAAGCAGCGCAGCAGGCAAAAAGGCCGAGGCUUCACCUGCACCCAAGAAAAAAACCUACCAGUGUAUCAAAUGCCAAAUGACGUUUGAGACGGAAAGAGAGAUCCAGAUUCAUGUUGCAAACCACAUGAUCGAUGAGCCGGCCUGUCAACAAGAGGAGGGCAUCAAUCACGAGUGCAAGCUGUGUAACCAGAUGUUUGACUCACCUGCCAAGCUGCUCUGCCACCUGAUCGAGCACAGCUUCGAAGGCAUGGGAGGAACCUUCAAGUGUCCCGUCUGCUUCACAGUGUUUGUGCAGGCCAACAAGCUGCAGCAGCACAUUUUUGCCGUGCACAGCCAGGAAGACAAGAUCUACGACUGCUCUCAGUGUCCGCAGAAGUUCUUUUUUCAGACGGAGCUUCAGAACCACACACUGAGUCAGCACGCGCAGUGAGACCGAGGCCCGGCAGGAUCUCUCAGCUCAGCCGCGCCCCCGACCCGGAGCCGGCGGGGGACCCCCAUCUCCACAUCACAGCCAAUCAAAGUGUCAUUUGCUCCUCACAUGUAGAAGUGUAACGACGGCGCCGCUGGGCGCGGCCAUUAGGAGCAGCGGGGGAAGGAAUAUUAAUGGGAUCUGCUAUUAAAUAAAGAAAAGUGUGGGAGCUAGAUGAAGGGCCAGGAUUGUUGUAGUGCAGUAUUUUUAUUGUCCCCCCCCCUCGCCCCCCCACAUGCCAUGCAUUCAUUUUUCUAACA